GCUGGCAUUGCGGACCCCCUGAAGACGAAGGCAUGAAGUCUGCCAGGCAGAUCGUAACAGGGAACAUGAAUUAGCGGUGCCAGUUCCGCAGAAGUAUAGACAGCGAAAUUGAAAGAGAGAUCCACAUCCGGUCUAGAUGGCCAUAUAUCGACGGAAAUUCCGGUCCGGGAUGAGAUUAUGGCUCAUCGGCUCGACCCUGAUGGUCUUUAUGGUGUUUUUCGAGCUGACCACCGCAGAAGCAGUGACCAAUCAGCUGCAGUUGCACUCCUGCAACUUCAGGGGCUACAAGGUCUACAACACCACCGAUUUGCUGAAAUGCAUGAACGAGUUGGCUUCCAAUGUACUCAAUCAGAGCAAGGCAUCCGGGGAAGUGAAAAGUCGGCACCUUCGAGAUUCCCCAAGAAGCAGAGUGAAUUUUCAGUUUUCUCACGGAAGGACAGGGAGGCCGGAAGUGGAUCCUUUUUCCUAUUAUUACAGCUCUAAGCCGAGCAAUUCGUUCCAUCCGAGUACUCCGAUUGCGGCGUCGCCUCGAUUAGAGUAUUAUCAGCCUGGAACUAGGUAUCCUAAUUUAUUGGGUCCGAAUUCCGCGGAUGGUCCUGGGUCGAUCCUUUACGACGCGUUGACUUCUAUAGCUCGAUAUGAUGACUUCAAAUGUAUUCCAAGAAUUUUGUGCGAAGUGGCCAGUGGAACCAUGCCAGGAAGUGGAAGUUCCCAGCAAAGGGAGUUCCAGUUAGAGAAUCUGGGAGUUAACGCAUUAAUUAGUCUGCUAUCAGUCCUGAGCAGCACGGAGUCGGCACCUCUUCUAAACUUCGCGAAAGCGACGCUUACGGGAUAUUCGAGCAAAGGAAAUCCUGGAAACUGUUUCAAAGAGUAUCCGAGAUGUCCAAGAAACCCUGACGACCUGGUUAAUUACUUGAACAACCAUAAUGGCGGGUUCUUCCGGUUCUUCAAAAGCAUCCGUGGCAAUGCAGGAAACACUCCUCAGCAAGGACCUUACGUUACGCAAGGUGAACGAGUGGUUUAUGGACAAGCCAGGGUGGAGCAGACUCCACCUUUAGGGUUCUCCAACGGCGGAUUGGUGCGCACCGGGGAACUUAAAUUCGACCAAGUGGGUUCCCCCCCUCGUCAGUACAAUGGAAAGAUCGAACGAGGUCGAAAUGAGUCCGGGAAGAUCGUUUUUCCUGGGUCGAGUAAAAGCGGGGACCAUCCAAUCCUGAACAGAGUGUCAAAGUCCUUCGGAAGCUACCAGGAACCAGGAAUCGCCAGUCAGAAUGUGUUCAGUCCUGCACCUCCAUUCUUUCCACAGGAUGGAAAAUCUCAGGAGCCCAGGACGUACACCUUGCCGAACGCCUACCAAAGACCUCAGCAGCAAUUAGGUUCGGGUCAGGUCCCAGGCAUGAACGGCAAUGCCAAUGCCAUCAAUUUUGCAAAGCCUCAGAUUUACAUUCCCGAGGAAGCUACCAACGAGUCGAUAAAGACGUACACCUUCCCUGAUGGAUACAAAGUGAAGAUCAACGUGGCCUUCUCCAAGCUCUUUUCCGAUGGCUACAAGAAGGCCCUGAGGAGGAGCUUCAACGACGACCGUGGUCCACAUCCUGUGAAUUUCGAGGGAUUCAGGAUGGUGGACCUGGCAUCUUUGCUUUCUCUGGACAAGGCUCGACCGGAUGAACAGGCUGUGCAUCCUUGCGACAUGAUCUGUCAUGACAUACAUGGAACGCCUGUGCAGUUUAACCAGAUUCUGAGCCAUUCCGGGGACCUGGUCACUCUUAUGGCGCCUGAUCGGCCAAUUCUGGAUCUGUCAAAUCCUCUGCCUUGCGAGAUAAUUUGCAUCGACAAAACAGGGGAGAGACGACACUUGUCCACAACUCUAAGCAAGGUCUUGAGAUCCAGCAACGGGCGGCAACAAUCUACCGAGCAUCCUUCCAGCAACGAUCCGAGCAAUCAACAACCUGUUCAAGGUACAUGGAGUGCUCAGAAAUCAUCGGGUAAUAGAAUUCUCCGUGACCGAUCAUCGGAGCCUCGGAAAUCCCCCAAAGCUAAGCAGCAGUACAAUACAAGAAUCGUAAGAAAUUUCGAUCAGAUCAAUCCGGGAAAUAAUCCGAACCUGAAGGAACCGCAAAAUAUGGAGAUGCAACGACGCACGCCUUACGAAGUGGAGGAGGAACCAUUUUACGUAAACUAUGCUGCAGGCGACCCGAACAUGAUGCCAAACUUUAAUGACCAGCCGUUCAUGCCAGAGUACCAGAAUCCAGGCUCUCCUUUGACUAGAGACUUUAUUCCAGUCCAAAACGACUAUCAUGACGAAAAUUCAGUCUUCCCUCCUGGAAGCAUAAACCAGCAUAAUCUAGGAUCCUUCUUCGGUGGGAUGCCUCCAAUGGGCAUGGCACUUCCGGCGCCUAUAUUGGCAAUUCCCGUGGCCCCGAUUUCCGGAAUCAUGGGAAUCAUGCCGAUGAUGGCUCCGCCGUAUCCCUUUAUGGGGUAUCCGGGGAUGCCGUGUAAUCAUCCCUCGUGCUACGAGGAGCAACAACCGAUGUUGGGGCUUUUCAUAUGUGGAGGGGUCCUUUACUUUAUACCGCCAGGUUUCAUCGGGUACAUGCCGAUAUGUGCGGUAGUCCUGCCAUGUGUCGGGUCCGGAUCGGAAGGUCCUGGAGAAGGUCCUGGAGGCGACGGAGGAGGUGGUGGAUUCGGCACUACCACCUCCCAAUUUUCCACAGAGCCAACAAUUCCGCCAGGUGGAAGUAGGAGGGAUCCAGGUGGACCUGAUUACCCCCGAGAAUCCUGCCUGGAAGGAGAGCAUUGGAAUAAGGACUUCACCGAGUGCGUCCCCAUAAAGUACGACAGGGAUGCCGAGCUGAAAUACACCCAUUUGCCCGGGGCUCCUCUGAGUACUCCUGCUAAUAAAAAAAUGGGCAGGCGGUUCCACAAACUGAAGAAGAAGAAAAAGAAGCUGCUGAUCAUCACCGACCGCGGCAACAUAACCUACGUCAAGGCGAAUUGAGAUUAAUCAACGCGAUCACGGAUCUUGGGCUCUUUACUCGAGCGAGUCUCAGAAGUGUCACGAUAUCGUUGACACGGUGACACCGAUGAUAAAGAGAAGGCCCCUUCAUCGACAUACCGUGCACACGUGUCUAGGUAAUUCUUGUAAACGUAUUCAAAAUAGAGAAAAAAAUUAACUCUCA